AUGAAUGUUCAUGCCAAGAAGGAGACUUUGUGGUUUCUCGAGAAGAGAGCUCUCCAACUCACGGAAGAGCUACCCCGGAAUAGAAUGACAGAAAACUCCCAGAGAGUUCUAAAUAAUGAGUCUUCUCCGUCCCGUCAGGAGUCUCAUCAGAAUCAUGUUCCUCAGAAAUGUGGAAGACUGCCUAGUUCUGAAAAGGGAAGAGCGCGAUGCCAAGCUCUAAGCUCAUCAGCAAUGGGAAUCAUCAAGCAAAAGACUGAAAGUAGGGGGCCGAGGAGUUUUCUUCCUUCCCUUGAGAAGUUGGCUGGGCUACACUCUUACAGAAUUAGCGGAUUUGUCUCAAAGAGGCUUUCGACGGCCUUGGCUUUCUUCUCUAAGACCGGAUUUUUUGUUGGAGCGGGGAAAUGGAUUGACCAUUCAUUCUGUAACGCUGCUAUAAUAGCAGGAAAGAAGAGUUCAGCCUUUAAGUCCUACACUAUCUUACUCCUAUUCUAUCUCCCUGCUUUUCCUAUUGUGAUAUCUUUUCUAGUUAAUGGAUUUCCUAUGCCGGUAGGAAUACAGCUACGAAAACAGGAAAGCGGAAACUCCAGAAGAGAGAGUAGGGAGAACCCGAAGGGACACAGGACUGAAGUCAAGUGUAACCUUAUAGACCAUAAAGAUCUUAGCAAAUUCUAG